UUCCUGUCUGUCAUGUCCAGCCUGUGCAGCGCACGCCGGCUGAGCUGGCGAGAGGGGUGGGGGCGUCGCAGGGCUGCUUCUGCUCUGAUGAAGGCACCCACUGUCACUGUCCCGGCCCUCGCUGAGUGUCCCCGGACCCGUGGGCCCGUGUCUAUGCCAGGCCUCGAGGAGUCCUCCAGCCUCGGAGUCUCUUCCCGUUCUCAGACCUCAGUGCGAGGAGGAAAUCGGGAUUCACGUCUGCAAUACAGAGGGGAGACCCCUAGGAGCUUGGGGACUGCGGAGGCCCCUAGGCCCAGCAUGGGGUGUCCAGAGUUGUUACCUUGUGGACCAAGACAGCCCACAGCCCAUGGCAGCUUCCAGAGCCAGAAGAACAGGAGUCAUCUCCGAAGAGCCCUGGGCUACCUCCUUGCUGAUCUCAUUGGCCAGAACUUUCUGGCUCUCGUGCUCACCAGAAGGCCAAUCACUAGCAAGAUAAAAAAGGAGCACCCCAAAGGGCCGAGACCAGCUGUGCUCUUGGCAGGGGAGGCGCUGCCCCUUCCUUACCUGAACCCUGAGCUGAGCCUCUGUGACCUCAUCCCGCUGUGCCGUGUGCACCACUGUAGGCCCUUCUGGGCAGUCAACAAGUGCGAUGUGCCCACCUGGGCCCCACUAUGUGGGGUGCUUACCUAG